AUGAAGUUUUCGACGCUGCUGACGGGCGCCGUCGCCCUCUUCAGCUCCGAGGUCAUUGCCACCUCCCUCACAUACCGGGUCGAGGCCCACGAGCGAGCCUGCUUCUAUGCCAACACCAAGAACGCCAACGAAAAGAUUGCCUUUUACUUUGCCGUCCAAUCCGGCGGCUCGUUCGAUAUCGACUAUGAGGUCACCUCCCCUACCAGCAAGGUUAUCAUGUCUGGCGAAAAGGAGCGUCAGGGCGACUUUGCCUUUACUGCCCAAACAGCGGGCGACUACGCGUUCUGCUUCAGCAACCAGAUGAGCACCUUUGCCGAGAAGUUUGUCGACAUUGAGAUUUCCGUUGAGAACGAGGCUCGCGCUGAGCUCCCCUCGAAGCAGGGCUCUAGCCCCGAGCAGACCAACGUCCUCGAGGAGUCGGUCUACAAGAUCUCUGGCCAGCUGUCUACCAUUUCGAGAAACCAAAAGUACUUCCGCACGCGUGAGAACCGCAACUUUGCGACCGUCAUGAGCACCGAGAACCGCAUCGUCAACUUUAGCAUGAUUCAGUCGUUUCUCGUCGUCUGCAUGGGCGGUCUGCAAGUAUUUGUCGUUAGAUUCUUCUUCCAGGGCGCUCGCAAGGGUUACGUUUGA